AUGUCCAUCGUCCUCGUAACUGGCGGGAAUAAGGGGAUUGGCUACGAAGCGGUCAAGUACGUGUCCCAGCGUAGCCCCGAUGACAGCAUCCUGCUGGCUUCUCGAUCUGUGCUCAAUGGCGAAGACGCGGUGAACAAGAUGAAAACCGCCGUGCCAGGUUGUUCAUUCGCCAAUGUCGAGGUGGUCCAACUGGAUAUCACCGAUCGAUCUUCCAUUGACAAUUUGGUCAAUCAUGUCCGCUCCAAGUACGGCAGACUCGACAUCCUCGUUCACAAUAGCGGCAUUAGCAACGCAGCUGGAGACCCCUUGUCCCCUGAAGUCUUUGUGGUCAACAUUCAGGGCGCACACGACACCAUCGAGGCGUUCUUACCACUCCUGCCGAAAAACACAGGCAAAAUCGCACUCGUCUCCUCAGAAGUGGGUGCGUGGUACAUGCAUAAUCUUGACGAAUCGUCCCGAAAGGCCUUAGAUGAAGUCGACGAGAUUGAUUGGCCUCAAAUUGAGGAAUGGAUGACAGACUAUACAGCGUUCUCCAAAGGUCAACCUGCAGUGAUGAAAUGGAUACCUCUCGACACCAGGCUUGGUUUCGCCUAUACCGCCAGUAAAGCACUGGUCACUACAUGGGGAAGAUCCUUCGCUGUCCACAAUCCUCAGGUCAAGCUGGCGAUCGUCUGCCCUGGUUACUGCGCCACCGACCUGAACCAUUUUUCUGGAACGCGGCCAGCAGCAGAAGGUGGAAAGAGCAUCGUUUGGCCUUUGUACAACGAGUUUGAGAGCGGACACUUCUAUCAAGAUGGUGUUGAGCUACCUUUCGCCAUGCCUAUCCCAGAAGGUAUGAUGGGAUAG